AUGGGGAGCGCACCGGCCACCGUCCACGAGAUGAGGCGUGCGCAGCGCGCGGAUGGGCCGGCCGCCGUGCUCGGCAUCGGCACGGCGAACCCGCCGACGUGCAUUGCCCAGGACGAUUACCCUGACUACUACUUCCGCGUCACUAACAACGAGCACCUCACCGACCUCAAGGCCAAGCUCAGCAGGAUCUGCAACAACAAGAAGUCCGGCAUCAGGCAGCGCUACUUGCACCUCAACGAGGAGCUUCUGGCCGCCAAUCGAGGCUUCAUCGACCCCACGCGGCCGUCCCAGGACGAGCGCGUGGAAAUCGCCUCCGCCGUCGUCCCGGAGCUGGCUACGAAAGCGGCCGCCAAGGCCAUCACGGAGUGGGGCCGCCCGGCCACCGAUAUCACCCACCUCAUCUUCAGCACCUACUCUGGCACGCGUGCCCCGAGCGCCGACCGCCGCCUGGCCUCCCUGCUGGGCCUCCGCCCCACGAAAAAUAUAUCAACAUCUACAAUAUCAAACCAGUUUUAUUAA